GAGAUUGACUCCAAACAGGGAGGCCGAACCAAAACCAGGUAACCAAGAAAAAACGAGACAGCGAGAAAAGCCUUCAGGGCUUGUUAUGGGGUUAGCGUGAGACGAACCAGGACUUUUUUCUGCCUUCUUUACCAGUCAAACCAGUAACUCUGGAUAGAGAACACACAAGUACAGCAACAGUUUUUACCCUUGUGGUCCCUGAUGGCUUCGCACAGUGAUACUCUGGUGGUGUUCUUUGGGGCAACAGCUGGUGCAAAUGGGGGUAAACUGGGGUCGGAUGAAAGGGAAUUAAUUCUCUUGGUGUGGCAAAUUGUGGAUCUACAUGAGAAUAAGGUGGGCAAGCUUCAGCAGACUCUAGUACAGCCGGACAGUGUGGAUCUGUCGGAGCAGUGCAAGGAGGAGACCGGGCUCACGGUGGAGGAGCUGUGCAAGGCCGAGCCGCUGGAGAGCGUCCUGCAGCAGUUUCAUCAGUCGGUGUCAGCUGAAGUGAAGUCUUUGGGCAGAAGCUCCUACACACUUUGUGUGGACGGACCACUUCUUAUUCGACAGGUGCUGCACCCCGAGGCCUCUAAAAAGAAUCUGGUCCUGCCAGAGUGCUUCUACACGUUUGUGGACUUGAAGAAAGAGUUCCACAAAUGCUGCCCCAAUGCAGGCCCUGUCAAAGAUCUCACUCUGCCCUCCAUGCUGGACUAUGUGUGUAUUCCAGCGGUGGUGGAGCAGGAGGCCGGACUCGGGGAGGUGAAGAACAUGGUUCUGUUAAUGCUGCAUCUCCUGGCUGAGCCUUACAAUCACAAAUUCUCCAAUUUUGAAACUGUAAACUACAAGUUUGAAUCUGGAGCGUGCAGUAAGACAGAAGCUGUGGACAGCGAGACGGUCAUCAGAGCUCGUGGGUUGCCAUGGCAGUCGUCUGAUCAAGACAUCGCUCGCUUCUUCAAGGGCCUCAACAUUGCCAAAGGUGGCGUUGCACUUUGUUUAAAUGCUCAGGGCCGGAGGAACGGGGAAGCUCUGGUGCGCUUCAUAAACUCUGAGCACAGAGACAUGGCACUGGAUCGACAUAAACACCACAUGGGCAACCGAUACAUUGAAGUGUAUAAAGCGACUGGGGAGGAAUUUCUGAAGAUUGCAGGAGGCACGUCCAAUGAGGUAGCUCAGUUCUUGUCUAAGGAAAACCAGGUGAUAAUCCGAAUGCGCGGGCUUCCGUUCACUGCUACUCCUCAGGAUGUUCUGGGCUUCCUGGGCCCGGAGAGCCCGGUGACGGACGGGAUGGAGGGACUUCUGUUUGUGAAGUACCCAGAUGGACGUCCUACAGGCGAUGCGUUUGUUCUCUUUGCUUGUGAGGAAUAUGCCCAGAAUGCCCUGAAGAAGCACAAACAGAUCCUGGGCAAGAGAUACAUUGAGCUGUUCCGCAGUACUGCAGCUGAGGUCCAGCAGGUGUUGAAUCGCUACAUGUCCACUCCACUGAUCUCCACACUUCCUCCUCCUCCUCCUCCGAUGGUAUCUGUACCUGUGUUAGCCACGCCACCCUUCAUGACCUCAGGCAGCACACGAGACUGCAUCAGACUGAGAGGUCUGCCAUACACCGCCGCCAUAGAGGACAUCCUGGAGUUUAUGGGGGAACACACCAUUGAUAUCAAACCACAUGGAGUGCACAUGGUCCUUAACCAGCAGGGUCGACCCUCCGGUGAUGCCUUCAUUCAGAUGAAGUCAGCUGACCGUGCAUUUAUGGUGGCUCAGAAGUGCCACAAGAAGAUGAUGAAGGAUCGUUAUGUGGAGGUGUUCCAGUGCUCCACUGAGGAGAUGAGCUUUGUGCUGAUGGGGGGAACGCUUAACCGCAGCGGCCUGUCGCCACCUCCUUGCAAACUGCCUUGCCUAUCUCCACCAACAUAUGCUGCAUUUCCUGCGACUCCAGCUAUGCUUCCCACUGAGGCAGCGUUGUAUCAGCCCCCCCUGCUGGCCACUCCAAGAACUCCACAGGCCCCAACACACAGCCCUGCACAUGCUUUAGCCUAUUAUUCUCCACAGCUUUACAUGAACAUGAACAUGAGCUAUACCACCUACUACCCAAGUCCACCGGUCUCUCCCUCCACGUUGAGUUAUUUUGCGGCCCCACCUGGUUCAGUAGCAGCCAUGGCCGCCCAGUCUGCCCCUGCCCUCCUCCCCCCUCAGCCCGGAGCACUGGUGCGAAUGCAGGGCCUGCCGUACAACGCCGGGGUCAAAGACAUCCUCAGCUUCUUUCAGGGAUAUCAGUACAUGCCUGAAGACUACAGCAGCUUGGUUGGAGUGAAUGAGCAGGGCCGGAGUCUGAUUCAGCCUAAAGAGUGGCUUUGUCUGUAAGGGGAGCCCCUCCAGCUCCAGGCGGACUCGGUGCUUGUGCUGUAUAACUGGAGUGGUCAGCGUAGUGGGGAGGCACUGGUGACCUUCCCCAGUGAGAAGGCAGCAAGACGGGCUGUAGCCGAAUGCUCCAAUCUUCCCCUCUCCGGCCACCCCAUCCGCCUGGUUUGCUGUGAGUGACCACAUACAGACUGCUACAUCCACCAAAGGCGGACCGCACUUCACCUGUCUCACCCCUUUCUCCAUCAUUACCUGUCUUUUGGCUUUUCAGACAGUUGUCCUGUUGUUCCUGACACAAAGUAGUAGUUUAGGAGGGGACCUGAUGCAGAAGCACUGUAUAUAUGUUUAUAUACACACAAGCUAAACAUCUCAGUAGCACUGCCUCACUGCUUGUGUAUGUGUGUGAGGAAAAUUGAGAUCAAUGGCAUGCAUGCUAAAGUCUUCCUGUCUUUUGAUGUCAAGAUCUCUUCUAUCCUAAUUCAAGACCUUAAAGUAAACUUAUAAGCCUGGCAAGCCAUCAGUUUAUGGAACAAGUGAUCUUCCUGUUGGGCAGUCCAGUUUGGCACUAGAGAACUAAAAUACAAUGCAACACUUAUUGCCGUUAUGGAUAAAGGAAUGUUCUGAAAUACAGUGAGAUUGUAAAAAGCCAAAUAUGUGCUUUAAAAUACUGUAAGACCGUUAUGCUGCACGUAGGGUUAAAAAGGGCAUGAAGGUUUUCCCAGUGUACAUCUGCACUGUUGGACUGACACAGCCUUCAGACUUAUUCCUUAUUUAAUAGAGAUCAGGCCAAGUAUGUACUCCAUAGACUUGCAUGAACUGAUUUUUAGUUUAAUCCAUUCAAAAAGUGAAAAUUUUUAUUUAAAGUAAAAGAUGAGUUGUUUGUGUGAUCUACAUGCUUCAGUGCUCAUUCUUUAGAGGAAUUGAAUUGAUAGAGGUGUGUAUUCUGUUGCCCCCAGUCUGACCCCAUGAGAGAUUGUGAAGACUGAACUACGCCGUGGUCAUACCUUAUUUUGGAAUUGUGGUCUACAUCAGUUUACUGAUUGCAGGCUGCUCGAAUCAUGAGCUUAGAAUUUUUUUUUAUUAUUAUAUAUAUGUAUUUCAUGACUACAUUACCUGGAGUGCAAUACAGGCUGAACAAAAUGUCACACCUCUCUAGUGAAAGAAGGGGCAUUUUUCCCUAAAAUGUAUGAAAUGUGUAUGUACGUGUAAAUGUGACUCUUAUAUGCAACAAAUAAAUUGAUAUUGCUCUGA